AUGGCUCUGCGACAUUACACACUCGACGUCAGCCUCUCCUCGCCAGUUGACUGUGCUUCUACGGUCCAUGGCCUCCUAUCCAUAUUUCAUGAGCAGGAAAUGACAGAGACUAUUCACGACACAGAUGGUCAUGGGAGCAUCGCCACUUUUGUGGGCAAGAAUGGCCGAGUUGUGCUGCUUCGUGUGCACACCCAAGGCUUAGUCACCAUUGAUCUUCAAUGUUAUGAUGAUGAUAACCUUGUGCAACUAGACAAUCUUUUAAAUGCACUGGAAAAGAAACUCAAAGUUCUAUUACAUGGCAAUAUUACAAGAAUAAAGAGGCUCCCUCCCCUCAGACGUGGUGCUGAGGUGGACCGGUACUGGCCCACAGCUGAUGGCAGGCUCAUUGAGUACGACAUUGAUCGUGUGGUGUAUGAGGAGGAUUCUCAAUACCAAAACAUAAAGAUUCUCCACUCGCAACAGUUUGGGAAUAUCUUGGUCCUCAAUGGUGAUGUUAACUUGGCCGAGAGUGAUUUUGCGUAUACCCAAGCCAUCAUGGGCAGCGGAAAAGAGAAUUAUGCUGGAAAAGAGGUGCUGAUUUUAGGGGGUGGUGAUGGAGGAAUCCUUGCUGAAGUCGUGAAACAAAAGCCAAAGAUGGUCACAAUGGUUGAGAUUGACCAGAAAGUAAUAGACGGGUGCAAAAUGCACAUGAGAAAGACUUGUGGCAAUAUUCUGGACAACUUGAAGGGAGACUGUUACCAAAUAUUAGUGGAGGACUGUGUUCCUGUGCUUAAAAAAUAUGUCCAAGAUGGGAAGACAUUUGAUUAUGUUAUCAAUGAUCUUACUGCUGUCCCAAUAUCGACAGAACCAGAAGAAGAUUCAACAUGGGAGUUUCUGCGUCUCAUUUUAGAUCUGUCAAUUAAAGUCCUUUGUUCCACUGGCAAAUAUUUCACACAAGGGAACAGCGUUAAUCUGACAGAGGCACUGAGUCUGUAUGAGGAGCAGCUGGGGAAGCUCUCGUGUCCUGUGGGCUUUUCCAAAGAGGUGGUGUGUGUGCCCUCCUACCUGGAGUUAUGGGUUUUCUACACCGUGUGGAAGAAGUAA